UCGUCUUCUUCCUCCUCUCGCUUGCCUCGUCUCUCUCUCUCUCUCUCUCUCUCUCUCUCCAUUUCUCUCUCUCUCUCUAUGCUUCCCCUAAAACGCAUCAACUACCUCGCUCCCAUGCUCGCCUCCGCCCUCCUCCUCCUCCUCCUCCUCUCCGGAUCCCUCGAGUUCCCCUCCCUCUCCUCCCCCUUCCCCACGCCCUCCACCCCCGUCGCCACAUUCGACCCUGUCGACCCCCGCCCCUCCGACCCCUUCACCGACCUCCUCUCCGCCUUCGCAAGGUGGGACGCCGAGAUCGGGUGCGCGCGGUUCAGGGACAGGUACGGCGGAUGGACGGCGAGCGCGUCGGCGAUCCAGGACUCCGACGGCGGGGGGGAUUGCACGGUUACGGCGGGGGGGCUCCGGCAUGUUAGCGUUGUUGUGAAGGGGUGGACCUGGAUCCCGGACAACCUCGACGGGUUCUACUCGUGCCGGUGCGGGAUCACGUGCUUGUGGACGAAAUCGGAAGCAGUCGUGGAUAAGCCCGAUGCCCUGUUGUACGAGAAUGCGAUGCCUCCGAGGAAGAGACGCAAAGGCGAUCCUCUCCGUGUGUAUAUAGAUCUUGAGGCUAGUAGGAAACCAACAGGUUUUGAGGACAUUUUUAUUGGCUAUCAUGCAAAAGAUGAUGUUCAAGCAACAUAUGCUGGAAAAUCAUUCCACAUCAGCCGCAGUUACCAUGUAUCAACCCAUAAAAGAAAUGAUAUCCUUGUUUACUGGUCUUCUUCAAGGUGCCUCGAACAACGCGACCAGCUCGCCAAAAGCUUCCUCUCCCUUGUCCCCCAUCAUUCAUUUGGCAAAUGCUUGAACAAUGUUGGCGGUCUGGAUAAAGCCCUAUCCUUCUAUCCCGAUUGCUCGGUCAGUGACAGCUCAGCACCGCAUUGGUGGGACCAUUUGCACUGCUCUAUGUCCAAUUAUAAGUUCGUCCUCGCGAUCGAGAACACCAGAACGGAGAGCUAUGUGACAGAAAAGCUAUUCUACGCCCUAGAGGCUGGGGCGGUGCCCAUCUACUUUGGUGCACCUAAUGUGUGGGAUUUUGUACCCCCGAACUCCAUUAUAGAUGGAUCCAAGUUUAAGUCUAUAGAGGAAUUGGCUUCUUAUGUAAAAGCCCUCGCAGAUGACCCAAUAGCUUAUGCGGAAUAUCAUGCUUGGAGGAGGUGCGGGGUGGUGGGGAACUAUGGGAGGACUCGUGCAGCUAGUCUUGAUACAGUGCCAUGCCGGUUGUGUGAGUUGGUUAGUAGGAAAGGUGGGAGGAAUGCCAGAUCAUUAUGAGGCUGAACUGCUUUUAAAAUUUUCUCGUUGAUAUUGGUUAUAUCAUAGGUUGACACAAAAGGAAAUUAUCGUUUUUUCCCAGUUCGUUACAUUUUUUUUUCUCUCUCUUUGCGACCUGAGUUAUGUUGUUAUUUGUAUUUACAUACUGCAAUACAAACCUGUGUGGGAUUGAGAAAUUAAGCUGUUAUUGUUGCAGUUGACUGACAACAACAGUGUAGUUGUAUACUUAUAUAUGAAUUGAUUGAUUUUCUAUUCAAC